UCUUGCUUGAUCAAUAAAAAUAAUUUGGGACUCAAUAAUUGUUUAGUUUGUCAAGUCAAAGUCAGAAGUUUCAGCUUCUUUCUUCUGUUCAAUGUCUCCUGUUUUAUCUUCUAAGACAGUAAAUUAAUAUUCUUCCCUUUCUGGAGAAUUUCUCUUUUACUGUUUUCUAACAUUUCAUUGGUCAAACAACAAAUGAAACAAUCAGUAGUUGCAGCCUAACAACAAGAAAACCCAAAAAAGAAGUUGUGAACAAAAGAAAGGAAAGCAGCGCUUCACAUGUUUAAUGCUGUGACAAGUAAUUAUUUGGUAGAUGUGUUAAGAAAUGUCUCAAAUAUAUAAAUGAUCAUAAGAUUUGAAACUCAAGUAUUAGUCAGUUGUUUAAAGUAUUCAGUUGCUACUUAUGUAAUAACUUAUGUACUUAAGUAAUUCCACUACUGUAAAUACAGUCGGCUCAUAAGAUUUGGACAAAAUAACUUCAACGUGUUUCUGAGGUUAAAUAUAAACAGUAUUUAUCUUCUGAUAAAACAAUUAAAUUUUAGGCUUCUGAAAUAUUUCCAGACAUUCACAGAAUCAUCUCAUACAGUUGUCUUUUGUCUUUUAAUUGGCUGAAUGUUUUUAACAGAGGUUUCUGCUCUGCUUCCCGACAGAAUGGAGAAUUCAGAGACCAGUCCAGGAUCUGGGCCCUCGGCAGUGCCGGACAGAGGCAUGGCGCGACCCUCGGGCCACCUGGGUCAGCUGUCAGAGUCAGCCAGACCCUCCAGGCGCAGAGAGCACCCCUCCAAGUCACCAAGGAGACGACGGGAGGGAAAGAGGUUGCAGCGAAGGGGAGGAGGUCAUGAACAGCUGCUCUGGGAGAUUGAGCGGCGGAGGUUGCCAGGCCAACACGAGCACUUGGAGCCAUCUGGCUCGGCGAGCGACACAGCGGAAAGUUCACCUAAGAGACGUGCUCACUUUUUACAUGGACCGUAUCCAGCCACUCACUUCGGACCCAAAGCCUGUAUUCUUCCCAAUCCAACUUCAGUCAUGCACAUCCAGGACCCGGCCAGCCAGCGGCUCACAUGGAACAAACCUCCGGUCAACGUGCUCGUCAUCAGGAAAAUCAGAGAUGAGAGUCUGGUGGAGCCUUUCAAAGAGCUCUGCAGGUUUCUAGUAGAGGAGAAGCAGAUGAUGGUGUACGUGGAACGCAGGGUCGCAGACGAUGCUACGCUCUCUAAGGACGAGGCCUUCGGCUCCAUUCGCAAUCAGCUCUGCACCUUCAGAGAGGGUUAUGAUGAUAUCUCAGACUGCAUAGACCUGAUCAUCUGUCUGGGUGGUGAUGGGACUCUGCUGUAUGCCUCCUCUCUCUUCCAGGGCAGCGUUCCUCCAGUUAUGGCGUUUCAUCUCGGUUCUCUGGGUUUCCUGACGCCCUUCAAAUUUGAGUCGUAUAAAACUGAAGUGGCCAAAGUGUUUGAAGGGAAUGCGGCCAUCACGUUGCGCAGUCGUCUGAAGGUGAAGGUGGUGAAGGACAUGCUUCAGAGGACGGGCCAGCAGCCACACAGCCGAGAGCCGCCGCAGCUGCAACAACAACAACAGCAGCAGCAGCAGCAACAACAACAGGAACUCAACGGACUUCUUCCUCACGGACACACCAACAGUGAGGCUGGCAAGGUCACCCUGCAGCUACAGGUGUUGAAUGAGGUGGUGGUGGACCGAGGCCCGUCCUCCUACCUGUCCAACGUGGACUUGUACCUCGAUGGACGACUCAUCACCUCAGUGCAGGGGGACGGUGUGAUUGUAUCCACGCCAACAGGCAGCACGGCAUACGCAGCAGCAGCAGGCGCCUCCAUGAUCCACCCCAACGUACCAGCCAUCAUGGUCACCCCCAUCUGCCCACACUCACUCUCCUUCAGGCCCAUUGUGGUCCCUGCUGGGGUGGAGCUCAUGAUCACCUUGUCCCCUGAUGCCAGGAACACUGCCUGGGUGUCGUUUGAUGGCAGGAAGCGCCAGGAGAUCCAGCAUGGAGAUUGCAUUAAGAUUACUACAUCUUGUUACCCCGUGCCCUCUAUCUGUUGCCACGACCUGGUGUAUGACUGGUUUGAAAGCCUGGCGCAGUGUUUGCACUGGAAUGUCCGCAAGAGGCAGGCCCGACUUGCGGACGUCUCAGACUCCUCAGACACAGAAAAUUGAACUCGCGCUCUGCUUUUUUUUCCCCGGUUCCUCCGUUAAAAUACAUUCAGGCACUGUUCUCCACAGAAGCUCAGUGAGAAACGAGGGAAGACACUGAAAGAAAGAAACACUGGACAGAUGGCGAGAGAUAAAUCGUUGUUCCAUUACUCCUAUGAAUACAGUAGCAUGUGCAAUGAGCAGACACUGUUUUAUACACUGAGUCAAACAUUUGAGUGCCUCAUUACAUUCCAGUACAUACACGCUGUAGUUUUAUCAGUAGCUCAAAGGGAGAAAGCAUGUUUCUCACCUAGAAAUGGAAAAAAAGCAAACAUUACAUAAUCCUGUGAUAUGAAGGUAGAGUAUCACCGAAAGCACCUCAUUAAUAUUCUGUCAACUGUUUUUUGUUUGUUUUUUUGACUUUUGGAGCACUUAAUCAUCCGUGUGAUGAUGAGGGUAUAGACUCUGUUACUGAUAUUAACUGGUUAGGAUUAGAAGUAAAAAUACACUCAAAAGGAAGAAAUUAAGAAAUAUAACACUUCUGAACCUUUAAGUGUAAAUUUGUAUAUACAGGAUUCUAGGAUUCAGAUUUAUUUAACGUCAUAUUUAUGUGAUAUUUAUAUAUUUUCAAGACUGGAGCUUUAAAAAGACUGAUUAUUUUCUGCUGUCUACGUGUCCUGUUGUAACUUUCUUCUUCUUCGUUGUUUUCAUUAAAUUGUGCAGCAGAUUGCAUGAAUCAGAGUAAAAACUAAACUGAAUGAAGCAGAGAAUCGUGUCGUUUUCAUUAAACAUGUCAAAGUCAAACAUGUCUAAGUCUUGUAGCAGAAGGAAGUAGUGUGAAAAUAAAGUU